AUGGAUGAGCAGGCAGGUAGAGGUAGCGUAAUUAAGGAGCUGGCGGCGUCUUCUACUUCUAAGCUGGAGAGAGCUGGAGCUGGACCAGUGCGCGGCGCCACCGCCGGAGAGGGCGACGAGAUAGGCAUCGACCCGCCGGAGACUCCGGAGCAGCGCAACAAGUUCCUGGUCCUCCGCCUGUACGAGGCGCUCAACGCCCGGGACCACGCCGCCGUGCAGUCGCUGCUCGCGCCCGACCUCGAGUGGUGGUUCCAUGGCCCGCCCAAGCACCAGCACAUGAUGCGCCUCCUCACCGGCGGCAGCGGCAGCGGCAGCGGCUUCCGCUUCGUCCCGCGCUCCGUGGACGCGCUCGGCACCUCCACCAGCAGCAGCACCGUCAUCGCUGAGGGGCAGGAGGGGCGGUGCUACUGGGUGCACGCCUGGACCGUGGGCCCCGAUGGGGUGAUCACCCAGCUCCGCGAGUACUUCAACACCGACCUCACCGUCACCCGCCUCGCCGCCGUCGCCGCCUCCGCAUCCGCCAAGUGCGUGUGGCAGAGCCGCCGCCCCGACAGCGCCACCAACUCGCUGCCGGGCCUCCUCCUCGCCCUCUGA